AUGGAAAACCAUGAAGAAGGAACUUUGACAUCCUGCCCCACGACAUUUGGCAACAAAGGUAUUUUUGUGAUUAGCGCUCCAGGUCUCGAUCCGUUCCCAGUUUUAUGUGAUGCUCGAACAGCUGGAGUGGGUUAUGCUGUAAUCGCAAGUCGUUCAAAUGCAGACCUAAGUUUUUUUAGGAGUUGGGAAGAAUACAAAAGGGGAUUUGGAGAUAUUUCGGGUGAUUUCUUUUUAGGUCUGGACAAACUCCAUGCCAUAACGAAAUCACAGACACAUGAAUUGUAUAUUCAUUUGGAAGAUUUUGAAGGUACUACUCGAUUUGCUCGCUACGACGAAUUUUACAUUGAAAGUGAACAGGAAUCCUAUAAACUGAGCAAAUUGGGGAAUUUUUCUGGAGAUGCUGGAGAUUCGUUAGACUAUCAUCGGAAUCAGACGUUCUCGACCUACGAUCGAGGCUACAAGGGAUGUGCUAUUGCUCGACUAGGAGCGUGGUGGUAUAACGAUUGCACCGACAGCAAUUUGUUUGGAAUGUAUUUCAAGGCGCAUACUACGGAUUUAGCGAAUGGAAUGGUAUGGUAUGGUUGGCGUGGUCCCCGAUAUUCAUAUAAGACCAUGAAAAUGCUUGUGAGACCCAAAUGUGCCUGUUCAAGAUCUAGCGAAUUAUAGUUUCUACGAAUUUUAUUCA